CUAUAAUGGACGGAAGAGGAAACGACACACCGGCGAUUGGGAUCGACCUCGGAACAACCUACUCAUGUGUCGCAGUUUGGAAGCAUGGUCAUAUCCAGAUCAUUCCCAAUGAUCAAGGCAACAGAACCACACCUUCUUGUGUUGCUUUCGUUAAUGGAGAACGUCUCAUUGGCGAUGGCGCCAAGAACCAAGUAGCCAUGAACCCCGCUAACACCAUAUUUGAUGCUAAGAGGUUGAUUGGAAGGAGAUUCAGUGAUUCCAAAGUGCAAGAUGACAUCAAGUUGUGGCCUUUCAAGGUCAUACAAGGGCCUUCCGACACACCAAAGAUUGUUGUCUCCUACAAAGGUGAAGAGAAUGAAUUUUCAGCGGAAGAAGUUUCAUCCAUGAUUCUUGGGAAGAUGAAAGAAACUGCUGAGUCAUACCUUGGAAAAGUUGUGAAAGAUGCUGUGAUAACGGUUCCAGCUUACUUUAACGAUUCGCAACGUCAAGCAACAAAGGAUGCUGGAGCUAUUGCUGGACUUAAUGUCAUGCGAAUCAUCAAUGAGCCAACAGCAGCUGCAAUUGCAUAUGGUUUGGAUAAUAAGUCGGACAUUACUUCCAAGAUUAAUGUUCUUGUUUUUGAUUUGGGUGGUGGCACUUUUGAUGUCUCUCUAUUGACAAUGGAGGAAGGCGGUGGUACUCUUCAGGUGAAAGCCGUUGCAGGUGACACUCAUUUGGGAGGUGAAGAUUUUGAUAGUCGUAUGGUGGAUCACUGUGCUCAGGAAUUCAAGAGGAAAUGGAAAAAGGACUUAACGGGCAACAAAAGAGCCUUGGGGAGGUUGAAAUGUGCUUGUGAGAAAGCAAAACGGAUUCUUUCAUGCGAUAUUUUGACUUCAAUUGAAAUAGACGGCUUACAUGAGGGGAUUGAUUUUUCUAUGAAGUUCAGUCGUGCUAAAUUUGAAGAGCUCAACAUGGGUUUCUUCGUUAAAUGCAUUCAGACACUAGAGGCAUGUUUGACCGAUGCAAAAAUGGAUAAAUCUCGUGUAAAUGAGGUGAUCCUUGUUGGUGGAUCAACCAGAAUACCAAAGGUCCAAUCUAUGUUGCAGGAGUUUUUUAAUGGAAAACAACUAUGCAAGAGGGUGAAUCCUGAUGAGGCAGUUGCUUAUGGUGCAGCUGUUAUGGCUGAAAAGUUGAGUGGGAACGGGGAUGACUGUUUCAAGAUCUGUUGUUAUUGGAUGUCACUCCUUUAUCCCUUGGUGUAG